AUGGCGUCACAACACAUCCCCAAGAUCAAAGUCAAAAACCCCGUCGUCGAACUGGACGGCGAUGAGAUGACCAGGAUCAUCUGGAAGGACAUCAAAGACAAGUUCAUCUUCCCAUAUCUCGACAUCGACCUCAAGUAUUACGACCUGGGUCUUGAGUACCGCGACCAGACCAAUGACCAGGUCACCAUUGACGCCGCCGAGGCCAUCAAGAAGUACAGCGUGGGCGUCAAAUGUGCGACCAUCACGCCCGACGAGGCGCGUGUGGAGGAGUUCAAGCUCAAGAAGAUGUGGCUGAGCCCGAACGGCACAAUCCGUAACAUUCUUGGAGGCACUGUCUUCAGAGAGCCAAUCGUCAUUCCCAAGAUUCCUAGACUAGUACCUGGCUGGAAGAAGCCAAUUGUGAUCGGUCGUCACGCGCAUGGUGACCAGUACAAGGCUCAGGACAAGGUCCUACCGGGCCCGGGCAAGCUCCAGAUGGUCUUCACGCCAAAGGGAGGCAAGCCAGAAGUCAUCGAUGUCUUUGAGUUCACCGACAAGCACCAAGGCGGUGUUGCCCAGACUCAGUACAACACUGUGGAGUCCAUAUCAGGCUUCGCACACGCUUCCUUCAAGCACGCGCUCGCUCUUAACUACCCAAUGUACAUGACCACCAAGAACACUAUUCUGAAGAAGUACGAUGGAAAGUUCAAGGACACAUUCCAGGAGAUUUAUGAGACCACAUACCGCAAGCAGUUCGAGGAGAAGGGACUGUGGUACGAGCACCGCUUGAUUGACGACAUGGUUGCUCAGAUGAUCAAGAAUGAGGGUGGCAUGGUCAUCGCCAUGAAGAACUAUGACGGUGACGUUCAAUCUGACAUCGUCGCCCAGGGCUUCGGCUCGCUCGGGCUGAUGACAUCGGUCCUUGUCACUCCAGACGGCAAGACAUUCGAAGCAGAAGCCGCCCACGGUACUGUCACUCGCCACUACCGCGAGCAUCAGAAGGGCAACCCCACCUCCACCAACCCAAUUGCCUCCAUCUUCGCGUGGACAAGAGGCCUUGCUAAGCGUGGUGAGCUUGAUGGAACCCCAGAAGUGACCAAGUUUGCCGAGUCCUUGGAAGAGGCGUGUAUUCACGUUGUUGAUCAACAAGGCAUCAUGACCAAGGACUUAGCUAUCAGCUGUGGCAAGAAGAACGAUUACGUGACCACGACGGAAUACCUGGACGCUGUUGAGAAGCGCAUGAGAGCAGUGCUCAGCUCUAAGCUCUAG